UCCCGCACACACGUGUUUUUCUUUUCGUCGGUACAGCGUUUUGAUUGCCGCGUGUUAAUAGGAGACGGUCCAGAUUUCUUUUAAAGUUGUAUUAAAAAGUUCAAUUACAGCAAUAAAAAAUGGGCAAACCAGGUUUUAGUCCACGCGGUGGCGGCGGCGGCGGUGGAGGAGGAGGCGGAGGCUUCCGUGGUCGUGGCGGCGGCGGUGGAGGAGGAGGAGGAGGCGGUGGCUUCCGUGGAGAUCGUCGUGGAGGUGGCGGAGAUCGUCGUGGUGGAGGCGGCGGUUUUGGAGGCCGUGGUGGUGGUGGAGGACGCGGUGGCGGUGGCGAUAGGCGUGGAGGAGGUGGCGGAUUCGGAGGACGCGGAGGUGGUGGUCGUGGAGGCGCCCGUGGUGGUCGCGGAGGCGGCCGCGGUGGUGGAGCAGGUGGCUUCAAGGGCGGCAAAACCGUCAUCAUUGAGCCUCAUCGUCACGAGGGAGUGUUUAUCGCACGCGGAAAGGAAGACGCGCUAGUCACCAGGAACUUUGUCCCCGGAUCUGAAGUCUACGGCGAAAAGCGCAUCUCUGUUGAGACCAAUGGCGAGAAGAUUGAGUACCGUGUUUGGAAUCCCUUCCGCUCUAAGCUGGCCGCUGCUAUUCUCGGUGGCGUGGAACAGAUUCACAUGCCACCCGGUUCCAAGGUCCUUUACUUAGGUGGCGCCUCUGGUACAACAGUAUCGCACGUUUCGGAUGUGGUGGGACCCGAGGGUCUCGUCUACGCUGUAGAGUUCUCCCACCGAUCUGGUCGCGAUCUGAUCAAUGUUGCCAAGAAACGUACCAACAUCAUCCCCAUCAUUGAGGAUGCUCGUCAUCCCCACAAGUACCGGAUGCUGGUGGGCAUGGUGGACACAAUCUUUGCCGAUGUCGCCCAGCCGGAUCAGGGACGAAUUGUGGCGCUAAACGCCCAGCACUUCCUGAAAAACGGCGGUCACUUCGUCAUAUCGAUCAAGGCCUCCUGCAUUGACUCGACGGCGCAGCCCGAAGCUGUCUUCGCCGCUGAGGUGAAGAAAAUGCAGGCCGACAAGCUGAAGCCGCAGGAGCAGCUCACCCUGGAGCCUUACGAGCGAGACCACGCUGUGGUUGUAGGCGUCUACCGACCACCGCCCAAGCAGUAGGAGCACAGUCCUAUGCCUGGUUUAGUUUUAAGCUAUAUUGUACCAAUACAGUCGUGUUGUAUUAAGUUUUCUUUUUAAAUAUAAAACCAUAGUUUUAAAGACAAAUCAAAA